AUGUCUUUGCAGAAUCUAAGGCUUUCUCAGCUUUCAAUCACUAAGGGUAGCGAAGUUGUCGACGGCUGCUGCUGCGCUGAACAAAUUCAUAAGAUGGCAGAGAAGAGGCUUUACAUAUGUCUUGAACGCAAUGUUCAGAUAAUACUGUUGGAUGAUCCGCCGGAACCGCAAUGUCGGUGCGAACUGGAUGGAACUCUCUACGAUUUCUGCUAUCAUCUCCCACCAGAACCACGAACUAUAGGACGGCGAUUUGACUGCGCCAAUGCUGUGCACUUGGAACGUCUAGGACUCCUGUCCGCGGAGCACAUCCUUGACGUGAAAAAAGAACGAGUUUCCUGA